UUGGCUGUCGUCGUGCGAGUACAUGUCAAAAACCUAGCAUAAUGCUGCUGUGAAAAUUAAUGUCUCAUUUUUCAGCAGUUAUUGAACUGGCCUUUCGCACUACCACCCAACGUAACGUUAGUCUUGCUGAUGUUGAACAAGCUGGCUAACACCAGCUAGCCAGCAGCUAGCGAACAACUAGCUGCUCGCUGGCGCCCUCGCCCCCUACAAUGUUAGUAAUCGAACAUUUUUUUUUAUCCCCACCUGGUUAUCGGUUUGAUAUUGUAGAUUUGCGGAGGAAUUCCGGGGGGUAGUGUGUGAGCGAACCGCGCGCGCCCACGCACACACAGCCACACAUGCACCAGGUGAGGGGUAAUGUAACCGGGUCGUUGGGCCGUACAGUCACGUGACCUGGCUCUUCCACUCCCACGACACCUUUCCGUUCACUCCACCUCUGUCGGUCCAGGCCGGGCGGUGACGCGGCGGCGGCGGCAGCGGCAGCCAGUGUCAGGUGUCUCAAGGCUUCACUAAACGACUGGCUCAACGGAAGCUCGCACAGUGCUUGCUGGGAAAGGCUCCACCCCCCUGAUAUCUUGCAAAAGGACUAACAGGAUAAAAAAAAAGAGGUUAGGUAGCUGGCAGAGAUGGAAAGCGGUCCAUUCAAUCGUCGGUCCUGGGCGACACAGUCUUUGCGUGUCACUGCGAAGGAGCUGUCACUGGUCAGUGGCCGAGGGAAAAACAAUGCCAUUGCUGAACGCUUCUCCAAGUACCAGAGAGCGGCUGAGGAGUCAAGUGCAGAGAAGAAAAAAGGAUCUUUUGAGAGUGCGACACCCUCCUUGCGGUUAGGCAACCUUAGUGCUCUGAAGAAGCGCUGGGAGCAGGCAGAGAACCUUUGCCUCAAUAAACCGUCUUCCCUCCCACCUCCAAGCCAAUCCGUCUCUCGCUGUAGGCCUCCCGCCCUCGCCAGGCCUCCUUCUAUCAGCGAAACCCCCCCUCUAUUAAAGAGCCCUGGCCUGCUGACAACUCAGGGAGGUCAAACUACAGCCAGUUGUUUCCAGCGGCCCUCAGCAGCUCCAGAAGCAUCCAAAGCUGAAAAACAGAGAGGGAUGGACAGGGAUGAGUUGACACACAGUGAAAGACCUGAAAAGCUUGAAGAGCAAGUUCCAACCAGCCCCUGUGCCUCUUAUGAAAAACCCCGAGUACCACUGAACAACCUGAAGAUGAAGUUUGAGAGGGGAGAGGACACCAUGGGCAAGGGCGGCAGGACAACACUCCGCAGUACCUCAUCAGAAGACAUGGACCAACGUAGCGGUCUGUCUGACAGAGGACUGGAGUCGACCUCACUGAGGGAGAAGAUGGCGAAGUACCAGGCUGCUGUUUCUAAACAGGGCACCACGCGACCUGGUGUGGCCCCAGAGGUGCCGGCUCCGAAAACAUCUGCACCUAUACCUCAGAAACCUGCACCUGAGUGCAAUGGUGAGAGCGGCGAGCCAUCCAAAGCAUCCAGGAAGUUCUGCCCACCGGUGAGGGAGACGUGCUUCGCUUGUUUAAAGACAGUGUACCCCCUGGAGAGACUGGUGGCUCAUCAGCAUGUCUACCACAAAAGCUGCUUUCGCUGUGUUCACUGCAGCACAAAGCUCAGUCUUGGGAACUAUGCCUCUCUUCAUGGUAAUGUCUACUGCAAGCCCCAUUUCAAUCAGCUGUUUAAAGCCAAAGGCAACUAUGAUGAGGGCUUUGGCCAUCGCCCUCACAAGGAGCUGUGGGAACCUCGAGCCGAUGGAGAAGAAGGUGAAGAAGCGGUGAAGACAGAAGAACCGGAGGAACCAGUAGCAGAGACGCGUCCAGCUGAGAGGAUCUCAGACACACAGAAAGCCCCAGCUGUGGACACAUCCUCACAGGUAAAGGUUACAGACAUGACCGCCUUGCUGGAGACACAUGUGCAGACACAUGCCAGCUCCAGUUCUAAGCAUCAGCCUACAGAAAGGCAAGCUGAGACACGCAGGCUGAGGAUCGCUUGGCCUCCUCCGGCUGGUGAGAGCCACUCUGGGACAGCAGCACUUAGUCCAGUCACAGAGGGUGUGACUACAAGCCGACCCUGGAAAGCCAAGUGGCCCCCAGAGGAAGAGGCACCAUCAUCCUUCCAGAGCUCAGAGCGGGUUGAACUGAAGAGCCUGAGGAGGAGCUCUUCUCUAAAGGAGCGCACUCGGCCUUUUACAGUCGCAGCUAAACCCUCCCCUUCAACCAGUCUGGGACCCAGGGAGCCCCGUCGCCCUCUCAAGUCCCUGCUGGAAUGGAGAGCAUCAUUUGAGGAGAAAAACCCAUCUGAAAAAUCACCCACACAAAAUAAACCAGAGCAGCAGCAGCAGCAAGUGAAACAGCAGGAGAAGAAAGAGCAGAAGAUGCCCCAAAUACCAAGUGAAGAUGCAGCAAGCGCAAGCAAGACCAUCGCAGUGGAAGAUGUGGAGACUCAGCACCAGCAGCAGGAAGAAAGAGAUGAACAAGAACAGAGAGGAAACGUCCCGGCAGCAGCAGACAAGAUGGCAGGGGAAGAGGGCUCUCUUAGAAGCAUCUCUCCAGAUAUCUCACCAUCCCCCUCUCCACCUUUGCAGCCAAAACACAACCGCGCCUCCCAGGAUGUCGGCUUCUGGGAGGAGGACAAAGAAGGAAGUGAUGCUGAGGAGCUGAGUGCAGAGGAUAUAAUCAAGAGGAACCGUUACUAUGACGAGGAGGACUCUGACUCAUAGGAACAUCUCACAGUCUUUUUGUCAUGUCCAUUCACCAUCUAACACGUGUCAGUUUAUUUGUUUUUUCCAGUUUAUAAAUAGCUAAUAAAUGUAGCUUUGCCAGAGUUUAGUGUUUUAUGAGAGAUUCAAAAAUCUGUAAUAGGUUUGUGUAUGUGCAUUUAAGAUUUAACAAUUGCCUUUGAUUACGAAAGUACAAAUGUUUGAUUUUUUUUAACAUUUUGAUUAUACUGUAAAAAUAUCUGAAACAGCUUUUAUAUGACUCCUGAUUAUACUGGAAGGCGGGAAUCUAUUAAACUCAAUCAGUGCAUUUCUGCCUUUCUGGAUCUCAUCUUCUGAUUACAGAUGCAUCAUCAGCGGCAUAUUAUUUGCUGGUGGUGUGUCCGAGAGGCAUUACACUUUAUGUGGCACGUAAAAAGGGCUUUUUAAUUACAGCCAUUAUGCGUAAUUUCGCCCUUCCUAGAAUGCUGAAAAAGACCUAAAUAUGUCAAAACCAAAAAGGGUACACCAGUGCUGUAUUUUUAAGAUGUUGUAGGAGAACAAAUUUCUGUGUUUAUUAUAGUUUCUAUUUUUACAUACUGCCUAACUUUAAACUGGAAAUUAAAGAAAAGAGAAAAACAGAACCCUUGUGAGAAUGCUCUGGUUUAGGAUCCAAAGCAACAUUGUACAAACCACGUCUUCUCACAGGGAUGAAGACACUGUCCCGCACAUCCAGCUGCCUUCCCGUGGUAUCUCCUCUCAUGUAACUCAGUAAUUUUCUACUUUUGUCUGAUUUACUUUUAGUCUAAUUGGAAAUUACCUGGAAUUCCCCUCCUCGGGUCAAGUUGUGCCAGUUCACAUGGUGUUAAGAUACUAUACAGCAGAUAGAAUGCAGUUCAUUGCUUUGACUGUCUCUGAGCUUUUACCUUUUCCCAGCACCUGAACAACAUUACGAUCUUUAAAUACUCAUACAGAGCAACCGGUAAACAUACGUCUAUCCUGCAGGGGGCUCCCUGGUUUGGUAAAAAUGCAACUGGAGCUGUAAGGACAAAUUGCAAAGAGGUGAUCUAAAUCAUAGGUGUACCUGUGUAAAAUAGCCUUGAUAUAUUAUGUGGUGGGAGUCAGAACUCCUCCACCAUGAUUCUGUCAAAGAGGCAUGACAAUUAUUGCCAAAUUUUCAUUCUCCUGGUCAAAAUCUGCUCUUGAACUGUUCUAACCACCAUUACCAAAAUGAAAGGAGAAACUAUAAUUAAUCCAGGCUUUUACUGAAAGCUUUCCUUUCAGUCUAACAUCUCAACAUAUGCCAUCACUUUGGGCAAAUGCACUCCGGUUUAUAUUGUUUGUAAAACACUUUGUAUUUUAUAAUGUGCCGUGGAAUAUAUGUUUGCACUGCAGAAUAUUUUUAAUAAUAAUUUGUAUACUGACACAUUUGGUCAUUAAAGUUUUAACUGUUGUUGAAACACAAAUAAAAUGUAUCAAUAAGGAAAUCCAGAAGUUUCACAAAGCUGACAAUGUCUUUUUCAUGAUACAUCUUUACUAGCUACUAGAUUUACUGUUCCCUUGUUUUCUGUCUUUGGUAAGGAACAACAACUUUAGAUAUCAUGCACAUUGAGGUCAACUAAAAAAGGGACAUAAUUGUUUUUCUGGAGUUUUAGUUGAAUUCACAAAUGAAUCCAAUAUUUGAGAAGAGCCAUGAGACAUAUUACG